CUCCACUGUUUUGAAUUACUUUAGUUAUCUCGGAGAUUGAUACCACGCUUGUUGCUAACUUGCAAUUGCAAAGCAUUGUUCUUCCCUUCUAUUCUGAAAACUUUAAGCAUAGUUCUUUCCUUCUGUUCUGAAAAUUUGAUUACUUUGAUCUUAUUUGAGAUCAUGGCUGGAGUUCUUGUUGGUGGAGCUUUUCUGUCUGGCUUCAUUAAUGUUGUCCUGGACAGGCUCAUUUCUGCUGAUGCUGUCAACUUGGUUGUGGGUAAGAAGCUUAGCUCUGACUUGGUUGAGAGGCUGAGGAAUGCUCUUACAGAUGCUGGAGAUCUUGUUGAUGAUGCAGAGCUCAAGCAACUUGAUAACCAUGAUGUCAAGGAGUGGCUCAACUGUCUCCGAGAUGCUCUUUACACUGCUGAUGACUUGCUGGACCGCAUCUGCACCAAAGCUGCAACUCAAAAGGUCACUCUUUUGGGUAGAAUCUUCAACUCUGAAGAUAGGCAGAUGGUGAAUGAGAUAGAAAGGGUGGUUAGAAGGAUAGAAGAUCUUGAGAAACGCAAAGGAAAGCUUGGGCUUGAAAAGAUUUCCACUGCUAGCUUCUCCUGGAAAACUCCAUCCACUUCUCUUGUAAGAGGGAAUGUGUAUGGCAGGGAGGAUGACCAGAAGGCCUUAAUCAAGAUGCUGAAUGACAACAAUGAGCAUCACCUGUCUGUGAUCUCUAUUGUUGGCAUGGGUGGUGUUGGUAAAACUACUUUGGCUCAAUGGAUGUACAAUAAUGCAGAGUUGAUGGAGGGAUUUGAUCAGAAAGCAUGGGUUUGUGUUUCGGAAAACUUCAAUAUUGUUGAGACUACAAGGAAUAUAGUAAAGGAGAUCUCUACAAAUACUCAGGAUCUUGAUAGCUUCAAUUCAAUUCAAGAUGCUUUGAAGAAAGGAUUGUCUGAAAAGAAGUUCUUUAUUGUUUUGGAUGAUGUUUGGAGUAAUGAUCAUCAUCAAUGGAAGGAUUUUCUAGCCCCUUUUCAAUACGGGGAUAAGGGAAGUACUAUUCUUCUGACUACUCGCAAGGAAGAUGUUGGUUCAGUUGUCCAAACAAAUUGUCAGCCUCACUAUCUCAUUCCAUUAUCAGAAGACUAUUGUUGGUCAGUGUUUGCAGCCAAUGCUUCUUUUCCAGAAUCAAAUGGGAGUCCAACACUAGAAGGAAUAGGCAAAAAGAUUGCCAAGAAGUGCGACGGUUUGCCAUUAGCAGCAGAAACACUUGGUUGCUUGUGCAGAAGGCAUGAUGCUAAGGAAUGGGAAAAAGUCUUAAGGAGUGAUAUUUGGGGAUUUUCUACAAAUGACAGUAAGAUUGUUCCAGCAUUGUUAAUUAGUUACUUUCACCUUCCUACACAUUUGAAGCGUUGUUUUGUUUAUUGUGCACUGUUUCCGAAAGAUUAUCACUUUGAGAAAGAUGAACUAAUUUUGUUGUGGAUGGCCGAAGAUCUCUUAAGAUUACCAGAGAGAGGAGAGAGCCUGGAAGAGGUUGGUUGCAAGUGUUUUGAAGAAUUAGUUUCAAGGUUAUUCUUUAAAAAGCUUCAAGACGAUGAUGAGUAUUUUGUGAUGCAUGAUCUCUUGCAUGACUUGGCAAUAUUCCUUGCUGGAGAUUUCUAUUGUAGAAUAGAAGAACUUGGUGAACAAGAAGAAAAGAAGGUUCUCACUCGCCAUUUCUCAUAUUUCCCACAUGGAAGGUUAGAUCAUCCAAUCUCAAAAGUCUUUAACUCCAAUGCGAAGUUGGAAUCUUUGAGGACAUCAUUGUAUAUCGAUGAUUUGUUCAGCAUGGAAAGUGUAGCAUCUAAGUUUAUAUGCUUGAGAGUUUUGUCCUUUCGUAAACUUGAUGUAUUACCUGAUUCAAUAGGUGAAUUGAUUCAUCUACGCUAUUUGAAUCUCUCUAGGACUGACAUUAACAGGUUGCCAGAAUCAUUGUGCAACUUGUAUAAUCUACAAACAUUAAUAUUGUACAGAUGUACUAAGUUGACCAUGUUGCCUAUUAACAUGCACAAUCUUGUGAAUUUACGGCAUCUUGAUCUUAGGAAAACUUCUUUGGAAGAAAUGCCUGGAGGAAUAAGCAAAUUGAAACACUUGCAUGUUUUAUAUUUCUUUAUUGUGGGAAAGCAUGAAGAUAAUGGAAUCCAGGAAUUAGGAGGGCUCUCAAAUCUUCAAGGUUCAUUUGGGAUUAGGAAGUUGGAGAAUAUUGUGGACGUGAAAGAAGCAGAGAAUGCAAGGAUGACAAACAAGAAUCUCAUCAACGAAUUAUACUUGGAGUGGUCUUCCGGUGAUGAUAUGGUUCCGAACACAAGAGCCGAGAGAGAUAUACUUGACAACUUGCAACCUCACAACAGCUUGAAAGAGUUGAGAAUCAAGGGAUACAAGGGUACAAUAUUUCCAGAUUGGUUGGGGAACUGUUUAUACAACAAUAUGACAAGUGUAUCUCUAGAGUCUUGCAACAAUUGCUGCAUGCUGCCUUCACUUGGACAGUUGCCAUCUCUUAAAGCCCUGCUCAUUCAAGGUUUUGGUCAGCUGAAGUGUGUUGGCAUGGAGUUUUACAAAGGUAUUGGUGACCCUUCUUUUCAUAUUGCUCCUCCUUUUCCCUUGUUGGAGAGUUUGGAAUUUGAUAAAAUGGCAUGUUGGGAGGAGUGGCACUUACCAGACUCAAAAGUUUUUCCUCAGCUUAAGAGUCUUAAAAUAAUAGACUGUCCAAUGUUAAAGGGAGAUAUGCUUCAUCAGGUAUUGAUGAGAUUUGUUUCUUCUUCAUCGGAUGCUUUGAAAGUUCGCAAGCUAGUUAUCCAAGCUCAAGCAGCAGGGUUUGCAGGUAUGUCACUUAAUGGGGAUACAUUAUCAAUUAGGGGAAGUGAAUGUGUGGUGGAGUCUGCAUUUAACGAAAUGAUCAGCAUUAAGCAUCUACCCUCCCUCCAAGAAAUACAAAUCUUCUGGUGUUCGUUUGCUGUGUCCUGGCCGAACAAUUGUUUACUACCAAAAUCUUUGCAAAAGCUCACAAUAUGGGAGUGCAGCAAACUGGAAUUCCCGGAGCAGAAGUAUGAUUUGGUAGAGCUACAAAUAGACAACUGUGAUUCACUGAGCUCCUUGUCGUUGGAUGUCUUUCCCAAUCUCAAGAAUCUCGAGAUAUAUUGGUGUAGGAAUCUGGAAUCAGUGUCAAUGUCAGAGGCACCACACGCUGCUCUUCAACGUCUCUCCAUUACUUACUGCCACAAAUUAGUGUCAUUUGCAGGAGAAGGACUGGCUGCACCCAACUUGACUCAUCUUCAAGUCAGAUGGUGCGACAAGUUGGAGGCAUUACCACGUGACAUGAAGAGUCUACUCCCAAGUUUACACUCUCUCGACAUAAAUGGUUGCCCAAACAUUUGCAGGUUGCCAGAGGGUGGUUUGCCACCUAACUUGAAAGAGCUUCAUGUGGGAAUUUGCGAGCAACAAAUGAGGGAUCUAUCAUGGAUGGGCAACUUGCACGCCCUCACUCAUCUUACCAUUAGAGGUAGGGGGUAUAAGAACAUAAAGUCAUACCCAGAGGUGGGUUCGCUGCCUCACCUUCCCUCCCUUACCACUCUUGAGAUAAACUGGUUUCCUAAUCUGGAGACAUUGGAGUGCAACGAGCUUCUCCACCUCACCUCCCUCCAACAAUUAAUAAUUAGAGUAUGUAAUAAGCUGGAGAAUAUGGAAGGAGAAAAGCUGCCUCCCUCUCUCUUGCGACUUCAACUUACAGGGUGUGGUUUGCUGGGAGAACACUGCAAGAACAAGCAUCAACUAAUCUGGCCCAAAAUUUACCACAUUCCCACCAUUAAAGUGAACUCCAUACAAAUUGUCUGAACAGAGAUUUCUGUGCAGCUGUGCUUACAAAGUUUGGAUACUAAAGGAAGACAUCAUGGAGAAAGUUGGAAUGGCACUUCUUAUUGAAAAGAUUCUUUUUUUUGUUGGAAAUACUUUGAAGAUCAAGCAGCAAUUGUCCUGAGAGCAUUGCAGUUCUGGAAUGGAUCUUGAAUGCCAGUUUCAGUCAAAACAUGCAAAAGAAAUGAAGAAUCAUUUUCCACCUUUACUUUUGUUUUUCCAAAGAAAAAAUAAGAUUGAAAGAUAACGGAUGCCAUUAUGAAAAUUAGUAAUAGCACAUGGGUAGAAAAGAUGAUAAAGUUGCUAUUAGAAUGAAGGAGCAUAACAGGUGAAGGAGUUGUAAAUAUCAAUUCACAUCAAAUCAUAGCUUUUCUUUUUCUUUUUGUUUGUAUAUUUUUUUGUUGUUUUAUGGUUGAUAUCCAAUGCAUUAAUACAUGAGUUCAA